CACAGCAGUGGAGCAGAAAGACGGUCGACAUGGACCAUCACCGGAUUGACAGGGUGGGCCUGCUGUCUCCUCUGGAGGAGUCCAGCGCAGAGAUCAGCAGAGACAGCGGCAUCGUGUCCCAGAGCGCGAGCAGUCUGUCCAUGGUGAGCGAAAUCCUCAGCAGCGGCACCGUGUCGCAGAGCCCCAGCUUCGGAGCCGCGGCUAACGUUAUCCCCCAGAGCCCGAGCCUCAACGACGCGGCGGAGCCCGGUGCGACCGAGCAGCACGACCCGGAGGAGGACGACGAAGUCCUGCGACACGCCGCCUUCGGUUACUCUUCCUACAUCAGGGCGACCGCCGGAGAGGAGAUUCUGUGCUUGGAGAAGAGCUUGGAGGAAAUGCUGACAAGAGUAGACGAGUUUGUUGGAAUGCUGGAUAUGAUCCGUAACGAUACCUCCCAGAUAGUUAAUGAAAACCUACCUCAAAUCCAGCAGAAGUCAGAUGAAAUGAGACAAAUAUACAGAAGAAUCGAUAAGUUAGAGGCCUUUGUAAAGAUGGUGGGCGCCAACGUCAGCGCGAUGGAGGAGCAGGUCACACAGGCAGAGGGAGAACUGGGAACGCUACCGAGUGCUUUCAAGAAGAUGCUGCGCACAAUGAGUGUUCCAGGAUUCCUAAAUAAACCGGCCAGCCCAAGAAGACCAGCACCACAUCAGCGUCAAGAGAUACCCAGCGUGUUCCGGACAGAUGAUUAUUUCACAUCACAGCCAGAGCAGUGACGCACUAGAACAUUGAAAACAACUUGGUUCUAACCUCAGAGGCCUGUUGGGUGAAGCUGUAUAGACAACUUUUACUGCCAUCCUUUGCAAGAGGAUCUGUUGGUGCAGUGGCCUCAACAAAGCAAUAGUAGCCUUUCUGAACAAGUCACUGGAAGUCGAGUGCGUGGAGACAUUCAGCGUUUUUUGGGGGGUGUUUCCUGGCAGCAACAAGCACUGAACUGUAGCAAAAUGAUUUUAAAAGUGCCUAAAUGGGUCUUUCUGUCAAUUUUGUUUUCACUAAUUGUGAUGAAAACUAUGUCAGAUGUUAGGUUAGUGACCAGUCAGGAGUACAGAGUCAUCCCCCUUGCCAAUAGGACACUGUAAAGAAGGUACGUUAUGAGAAGCUGUAAAGAUCUUUAGAUGUAAUACAUGAAGAAUUAACCCAGCUCUUUUUAUGAAUUACAUUCCUGUUGGUGUUUGUAAAGAC